AAUUGAAUGAGUGGGGCACACGUCAUCAGCCACUUAAUUCACUAUAAGUAACCCAAACCACACUCUCUACACAAUAGUAUAUCUCAGUUUCACAAGCAAACAUGGCUGGAUCAGAGUCGGUUGCAAAUGGGGUGAGUAAUGGUGAUUUGCUUGCUGCAUCUGCUGAUAAUUUUGGAGGUGUCACUGUUCAUUUAGAAGAGCAAUUGGAUCCUCAAGUUUUUCAUGCUAAGCUUAGAGCUUCGGUUUCAGCUUGGAGGCAACAGGGUAAACGGGGAGUUUGGUUGAAGCUACCUAUUGAACUUGUAAAUCUUUUAGAAAAUGCUGUUAAGGAAGGAUUCUAUUAUCACCAUGCUGAGUCCACUUACAUAAUGCUUGUUUACUGGAUACCUGACACUCCUAGCACAAUUCCUGCUAAUGCUUCGCACCGAGUCGGUGUUGGCGGCAUUGUCUUGAAUGAUAAAAGAGAGAUUCUUGUUGUCCAGGAAAGUACCGGCGAUUUUCGUGGAACAGGUGCAUGGAAAAUCCCCACUGGAGCUGUUGAUGAGGGUGAGGACAUCUUCACAGCAGCUAAAAGAGAAGUAAAAGAGGAGACUGGUAUUGACACAGAGUUUAAAGAAAUUCUAGCAUUCAGGCAAUCACACAAAGUAUUCUUUGGAAAAUCAGAUUUAUUUUUCAUUUGCAUGCUACGUCCAGUGUCUUUCGACAUUCAGAAGCAAGAAUCGGAGAUUGAGGCAGCUCAGUGGAUGCCAAUCGAGGAAUUUGCUGCUCAACCAUUUGCUCGAAAGCACGGACUUUUCAAGUACAUUGCUGAGUUAGGCUUGGCAAAGGCGGACAAAGAUUAUGCUGGAUUUUCUCCAAUACCUAUGUCAAUGGUAUUUAAAAACCAGAUUAGUCACCUGUACGCAAACGUUAAAGAUUUGCAGCACUCGUCAAGUUCUACGGAUCGCCUAUAAAGAACAGGUUAUUGUUGUAUUUUAUGUUGUAGCUGUCAUAAUUUUAUUUUUUGUUAAUGUUUGAACUGAUUAUUCUGCACAUUUUAAUAAGAGAAAACAUUGCUUGAAACCUAAAAAUGAAUAAGAAUAUGGGAUUACUAGCAUUA